AUGAAGCUCUUGUUGGCGUCUGAGGCUACCAUGAGAUCUGGUGAAGGUGAAGAAAGACCGAUAAGGAAGAAGAAAAAGAAGUCAGAAGGAAGGAAAUUGCCAUCGUCAGUUGGUCACCAGUCGGAGCACCCAUCGGAGUCUAUAACAGAGAUUCGAAAGAGAAAGGAGGGUGCUAGGUCUCGCCUCCGAAAUACCCUUUCACAGAGGGACAGGGUUAUAUUGCCGGAAAUACCCUUUCCCAAUUACUUCACAUUGCACUGGAAGUGCUCGCCUGUAGAGUGUGCCCUGUUGUUGAAGAAGAAGAAGAAGAAUAAAGAAGGACAAGGGAUGUUGACUUCAUCUGUCGGGUUAAAUACUUGCAAUCGACUUCAAAUGAACCAUGGAUUCAUUUGUUAA